AUGAAUUUUGAUGGCGGUGAUCACAUUCUGUUACAACUUGGAAUUUUGGAAUCAACUGAACCAAGUCCUAAAAGAACGAACUAUGAAAACGUAAAAACAUCCCCACGAAAAGCGAAACCAUCAGCUGGAGGAGAAAGAGAAAAAUUUGUUGAUGUUAACAUCGACGGAGAUGUGAUUAGUGAUAACGAAGAAGAAGAUAUCGGGCUGGACGAGAAUGAAUUGUUAGGAUCAUCUUCACGUGGUUCACGUGGUUUACGCAGGAUAAGAGAGUCUGAAUCGUACAUAUGCCGCUUGAUAUUACUCAUUCUUACUUAUUUCUCCUUGGGAGCUUCUUACUUUGCGAUAUGUACGCCACCGUUGCUGCGAGGAGAUGCCAUGUGCCAUUUCGUGUUUUGUUUAGGAGCUUUCUGUGGGGUAUGCGUUGGCAUGUUUUUGAUAAGGAAGUUGUAUUGGGUUUUUAUAAGUUUACUUGGGUUCGCUCUCCUCACUCUAACCGUUUGGAGUUUACACACUUUUAAGCAUCUUAGUUACAUAUCAUUCCUAUUCAACGGAGCUUCUUAUGGAAUUAUUGCGUACUGUGGUUUGGCUGUUUGGUUUUCCAUAUGGAAAAGAUAUAGUCGAUACAUUCUUUCAUUAUCUUUUGUAUUUUCUCUAGGAUUCUUUAUCCCCCAAAUUCUGUUCUCCAGCUUCGAUAGACAAAUUGAACUUUCAUCAUCUUUGACAAACAACGAUGGACUUGUAGUGUCUUAUCCAAUUGAACAACGACAACGAGAUGUUCGAGAAACAAACAUCACUUCGUUCAUAGCUCCUGAUAUCAGUGAUUACCUGAUAGGAUCACCUGCAGCCACGUUCAGUAUAGUGUUCUGCAUAGUUACAAUUCUUUCCAAGCUAAUCGGGUUCUUGUUGUGUUGUCUGAGGUUGCAAUUAUCUUUGGAUAUGAGGAUGGAAAAGCUCUUCGACACAUCACUCCCUAGGCUUUCACCAGAAAGUCGUCUUAGAUUUCUCUGCUUCCAAUGUCUUACGGGGUCAGCAGAAGGACUUUUUCUUUUUAUUGUUUCUUCAAAAGGAACUAAUGAACUGAUGAUUUUUGCUGGCCUUGCGUCGUUGGGCAAGUUUAUUGCUGCCAUAUUAGGAACAACAAGUUAUUCAAUAGUUUCCAUAUGGAGUUAUUUAAUUGUUUCUUGGAUAACAUCUAUUGUUCUUUUGGUAUUCACUGUCACGCCAUUUACGGUCAUAAUCAUGAGCAUUCCAAUAUCACUUUUAGGCUUAUGCUGCACUUUAAACAUUGAGAAGAGGAUAUCUCCCAGACCUUCUGUUUUGAUCAAUCAUUACCUCUCUGCAAAUCUGUUCGGUCAAUUGAUCUCUGCAAUGUUCGCAACAUAUUUUGAGGAAAUUGGAAGAAUAGUUAUAUUAUUUUUUGCCAGUUCAGCACUGGUUAUCGUGUUUCUGAUGUUAAACAGAGGGAUUGCAAAAACUCAGAGGUUGAAAGAAAUCCUCGAGUAUUCGACUGAACCUUUGGCGGAGACUCUUGGUGAAUAUGUCGCCUUAACAGAAUCGCUUUCAGAUAUUGAAGUGGACGAUUUAGAUCUGAAUAUAUAA